UCCCUCUCAUCUCCCUUUCCCUCCCUCUCUGAAAAGAGGGGGGAAGGGAAGCAGGGCAGGAAUUGUUAGAAAAUAGAGCAGAGCUGUGCUAGAAAACAGGUCUGGGGGAGAACCAGAGAAAAACGGUGUUUCAAGGGAUCAGAAGGAAAGGAAGCAGCUUUUUACCGGGUGGUAUGAAUAGUGGCGGUUUUUUCUAUUUAAAUCCCUGUAAGCGUAUAUAGUAAAGAAAAAAAAAACAGGCCGUCUCUCCUCCCCCCCCCCCCAGGUCUCUGAGGGAAGCCAUUUGCUGUGCUUGAAAGCCAUAUAGGUCUGCACUUGCAUUGAAGCCCCAUCUGCUUUAGGAAGGUUUCAACCCAUGAAAACAACUUCUUUAGACACAGAUCCAUCCUGGCCGUUGACAAAGGAGAUGGAAAAUAAACUCUAAAGGCAGCUGAAAAGGUUUCUUUUUCCAAUGGAGCAGCAGCCUCGAGAGGGCUGUACUGUAGUCACGGGAUUUCCACCUCUCCCCCCUCCCCCCUCCACAGCUCUUAACGCCACCUCGAGGCCAUCUGCCUCCCCAGGAACUAAGCAACGGCGCUUCCAUUUUACGUGGGCACGGGCGUGUAACAUACGUCAUUGUUAAGGGCCGGAAGAAAACGUCCCGGUAGUUUGGGUGAAAAGUGCUUAGAGCUCCGCAGAUUAUACAGAGCCAAGAAUGCUGAAUAUGGAUGAGCAGAAACAGCUGCGGGACUCCUCUUCCAAUGGAUCUGCAAGUGGACAGGAGGAAGAUGCAGAAUGUGCCAAGACAAUCAAAAGGAGAUUAUUUGGCAGUAAACGCAAAAUAGCAAUUCUAGCAGCCGUUUGUCUAGUCAUCGCCGCCACUAUCUUUUCCUUGGGAAUAUUAGUAGGAUUAAACUACCAAAAGGAUGUGGUAAAAUGUCCAUCUGUUACAUGUCCACCUGAUUGGAUUGCACAUCAGGAACUCUGCUACUAUCUUUCAAAGGAGGAAAAGAACUGGAUGGAGAGCAGGAACUUCUGUAUUUUGCACAAUGCUUCCUUGGCCAAAAUUACAAAGGAGGAAAUGGAUUUUGUGACCAAUCUCACAAGAGACCACGUCUUUUGGAUCGGCCUCAAGAGAGAACCACCACAGCCCUGGAAGUGGCUAGAUGGAGAAAAUUCAACGUUGGCAGUCGGGGGAGAUGGUGCAAACUGUGCGUAUUUGGUUGACACAACUGCCAACUCAGGGACCUGCAUCAAUAAACACCGUUACAUUUGCAAAAAAAAUGACUUUAUGAAACAACAUGAUCAUCAUUUUUAUACAGUUGUGUGACAAGGAAAAUACACCCUCUCUGGAUUAUAUGGUUUUACAUAGGAGAACAUCGUAAAUGGAUAAAAAUCAAUGUUUUUUUUAAAAAAAUUGUAAUCAAAUUUUUAAAACAGAUAUUUUUUUUAAUCAAAUU